CCAUCACCCGUAGGGUUCUUAACCAGCGCCAGUUCUUAAGCAGACCCACACUUUGCCAGCUGUGCCAAGACUUGACGGAUGCAGGGCCAAUUCCCAUUGGCCCUGGUUAAGAACUGACGGUGGUUAAGAACCCUAAGUUAACGUUACGUAUGAUGACUGUUGCCAAGCUCGAGCCAAGUUACCCACCAAUUUGGGUCGAUAAGAUAAGCUUUCCUUGGUCGACACUUGAAGGCGACGGCGGGCCAGGAAGCAUACACACCAUCGACCGACAAGAACCUAUCGCCGGAGACAUGUCGUCGAAGAGGUAUGCCCUCGUCCCAAUGGACGAUGAGCCCUCACCGGCCCAAGAUGAUCGGAGGAACAGAGAAGACAGGAAGCAUCGCAAACGGGACCGGUCUCACGAUCGAUCGAGGUCACCACGACGACACAAGAGCAGACGCCACGAUGGGGACGAUUCGCCUCGCCAUCGGUCCCGGUCACCUCGCAACAGCGGAGAUGGCAGCUCAAGGACAAGUCGUACCGAUUCCAAGCGUGAGGAUCCCAGGAUGGCCGAUCUGAGAUUGAAAUCACGCCAGGAGUAUCUUAAAAAGCGGGAGGCCGAGAAGCUUGCCUUGUUGCGGAAGCAGGUCGCAGAGGAAACAGCCGAGUUGAGGUCCGGCGCGCGCUUGACUGAGCGGGAAAAGGCCGAGUUCGCCAAGAACCGCGAGAUUCUGCGCCUUGCUGAGGAACGGGCCCGCAUCGACGACUACCAGGACGGCUACCGGCUACCGGACCAGUACGGCGCUGACAGCAAGAAGAAGCAAGAUGCGCUCUACAAACGACACGUUGAGAGGGACGAGUUUGGCAACGAGAAACACGUUACCGAGUAUGAGGAAUGGGAGCGGGAGCAGACAGUCAAAGCCAAGGCGCAGAUCCAAAGCCGCGAGCGCGAGGACGAAGGCGAAUACGACUUCCUGCUGGACGAGGAUGCCAUUACAUUCGUUCGUGAUGCGGCAAAAUAUGCACAGCCAAACGACGGCCUCACGCAGGAGCAACGGAUUUUGAAGGAGAAGAUUGAGGCUGCCGAGAAAGCACACAAGACCAUUCAGGAGGUCAGAAAGAGUCUGCCUGUCUACGCAUACCGCGACGCCUUUUUAGACGCCAUCAAAGAGUACCAGGUUCUGAUUCUGGUGGGUGAGACUGGCUCAGGCAAAACGACUCAAAUCCCCCAGUACCUACACGAAGCUGGUUUCACCCAGGAUGGCAUGAAAAUUGCCUGCACGCAGCCACGCCGUGUUGCAGCCAUGAGCGUUGCCGCCCGUGUCGCCGAUGAAAUGGGCGUGAGGGUUGGCCACGAGGUUGGCUACUCAAUCCGGUUCGAGGACUGUACCAGCGACAAGACCAUCCUCAAAUACAUGACAGACGGUAUGCUUCUCAGGGAAAUGGUCACAUCGCCAACGCUAGAAGACUACUCGGCCAUCAUGAUCGACGAGGCCCACGAACGGACGGUGCAUACCGACAUCCUUCUGGCACUAAUUAAGGACCUCACCCGUGCCAGGCCCGAGUUGAAGUUGAUCAUCUCGUCUGCGACACUAAAUGCCGAGAAAUUCAGCGCCUAUUUUGAUGACGCGCCAAUCUUCAACGUUCCCGGCCGGGUACACCCGGUCGAAGUCUACUAUACCUCUGCUCCAGAGAGUAACUAUCUAGAAGCCAGUCUAGUGACUGUCUUUCAAAUCCACGCAACACAGCCAGAAGGGAGCCGAGUGCCCGAGAUUAUCGCCCUUCCCAUCUACGCAAACAUGCCGUCCGAGUUGCAGGCAAAGAUCUUUGAACCAACACCCCCAAAAGCGAGAAAAGUCGUCUUUUCUACAAAUAUUGCCGAGACGUCACUGACAAUUGACGGGAUUGUCUAUGUUAUCGACUGCGGCUAUGUGAAGGAGAACACAUUCAGCCCCGUAGGGACCACGGGCCAGUCGACACUCGCCGUAGUGCCUUGCUCAAGGGCUGCAGCAAAUCAACGGAUGGGCCGAGCCGGCCGUGUACGACCCGGCAAGUGCUUCCGCCUCUACACCAAGUUCGCCUACCUCUCCGAGAUGGACGAGUCGCCGACGCCCGAGAUCCAGAGGACAUCGCUUUCCAGCGUGGUUCUGCAGCUCAAGGCUCUCGGGAUUGACGACCUCCUGGGCUUCGACUUUCUCGACCCGCCGCCCACCGAGCUCUUGAUCAAGUCGCUCAACAUGCUCUACGCGCUAGGCGCGCUGAACAGCGCCGGUGCCCUGACACGCGUGGGGCGGCAGAUGGGCGAGUUUCCAGCAGAGCCCAUGCUGGCCAAGGCACUCAUCGCCGCAACGCAGGAGGGCUGCGUGGAUGAGAUGCUUACGAUCGUCUCGAUGCUGGGUGAGGUGGCAACGCUCUUCUUCCGGCCCAAGGACAAGAAGGUGCACGCCGACAGCGCGCGGGCCCGGUUCACGGUCAAGGACGGCGGCGACCACAUCACGCUGCUCAACGUCUACAACCAGUGGGUCGACGCCGACUACUCGCCCAUCUGGGCCAAAGAGAAUUUCCUGACGCAGCGGUCGCUGACGCGGGCGCGCGACGUCCGUGACCAGCUGGCCAAACUGUGCGACCGCGUGCUGGAAGGAUCGACGUCGUCGUGCGGCGGUAUUUCGAAUAUGCAGCCCAUCCUGCGGGCGCUGACGUCGGCCUUCUUUUUGAACGCGGCGCGCCUCAACCGCGGCGGCGACGGCUACCGCACGCUCAAGAAUAACAUCACCGUCUACGUGCACCCCAGCAGCGUGGUCAAGGCCAUGGACCCGCCGCCCAAGGUGAUUAUAUACCAUGAGUUGGUGGUGACGUCGCGCGAGUAUGUGCGGUCCGUCAUACCCAUCGAGGCGAAGUGGCUGUCGGAGUUUGGCGGGCAUUACUAUGACAAGAAGGAUGUUGAGUUGCUCGAGGCGAAGAAGUUGCCCAAGGAGAGGAAGUACUAGUGUUGUGCUGUCUGUAUAUACCCAGCGGAGAAAAGGAGAAGGUCCAGUGGAUGGGAGUUUUGGGGUGGGUUUUUGGCUUGAAUAAAAGGAAGGGGACGUUCAAGGCGUGGAAGGACAGGCACCGGACUGCAUACAAUGAAACCCAUGACCUGCAUUUCGGUCAAAAGCUUGCUACAUCUCCUGAUAUAGUCUGUGUAAGGUGAUGCUUCACUGUGAUGGGAAU